ACCUGGCGGGGCGCUGAUGCAGCGCCUGGACCUUCGCUGCGCGACUUCGGGGGCGUCGGCCGAGUUGGCACUCCGCGAUGCAGCUCCUGAAGGCGCUCUGGGCACUCGCAGGGGCCGCGCUCUGCUGCUUCCUCGUCCUGGUGAUCCACGCGCAGUUCCUGAAAGAAGGUCAGCUGGCCGCUGGCACCUGUGAGAUUGUGACCCUGGACCGAGACAGCAGCCAGCCACGGAGGACCAUCGCCCGGCAGACGGCUCGCUGCGCAUGCAGAAAGGGGCAAAUCGCAGGCACCACGAGAGCGCGGCCCGCCUGUGUGGAUGCGCGCAUCAUCAAGACAAAGCAGUGGUGUGAGAUGCUGCCCUGCCUGGAGGGGGAAGGCUGCGACCUGCUGAUCAACCGGUCAGGCUGGACGUGCACACAGCCCGGCGGGCGGAUAAAGACCACCACGGUCUCCUGACGAACACAGCCCUCAGGGGCUCCGGGAGUGGUCUUGGCUCCCUGGACAGUCCACACCUCGACCCCGGCCCUCAGCCCUGGGUGGACUUCGCCUGUUCCCUGCCUCCAGCCACUGUUUCCCGCGGCCCAUCAAGGACAGCCUCUGUCCUCAGCAUUCUGAGCCUGACCCGCCGAACCCAGGAGGGCCGGACGUGGACGCACAGGUGGAGGCGCUGGGCACAAGCAAUACAGGGCUGUGGGGCCCGGCCGCGCCCUCGCUUGCCGGCCACUCUCCUGGGAGCUGGAGGACGAGGAUGGGGCCGAGGAGGAGCUGCGGCCCCGCCAGAUGAGCCCGGACGCGCGGUCCCAGGACUCUCAGGUGCAGACGCCGCCUCUCCGUGGGCCCCAGACUGUCUGAAUUGUUUUAUUUUCUUAUACUUUCAGUAUACUCGAUAGACCAAAGAGCAGAUCUAUUUUAACGUGGACGCGCCCUCACCGUCAGAGUCCCGGGCUGGAUGGCGGGGCGGGGGGAGGGGUGCGGUGGCAGAGACCUGCUGGUGGCCCCGGCAGAGAGCGGGCAGCGGUGGAGGCCCCCGCCCCACGAUCGCCGCGGUGCGCCCUAGGAAGAUGGCGCCAGCCGGAAGGACGCCACAGCUCACCUGCAGGCACCGGCCCGGCCAUGGCCGGCGUCGGCCCCCACGCGGACAGCACGGUCCCCGGGACACGGGCCGUUCCCGUCUCUGUGCUUAGACCGACUUUAUCGUACUAAAAUCACUUUCUGUUUUAACCAGUUCCACACGCCUCCUCUUCGACAGCCCCAUUUUUGAUAGUUGGAUAAUCCAGUUCUUGCCAAGAGCAUGUUGGGUCUCCCGUGACUGCUGCCUCCUACGAUACGCCAUUUAGCUCCAGAAAGCAAAUUAAAGAGAACGGAAGUAACACUGUUUGAAAGAGAUCAUUAAAUGUAUUUUGCAAAGCCUAAAGUUAUAUAUUUAACAGUUUUUAUAUGUUGUAUAUUUGUAGAAAAUCCUAUUUAACACUUAACGUGGCGGCCCUGGCCUCCCCGAACGCGGGGCCAGUCCCCGUGUGUCCCUGGAGACUGUGGGGUGGCUGCGUGGGACCUCAGGAGCCGGGCGCAGGGGGAGAGUGGCCGGGCACCACGGCCCUGGUGUCCCGCCGAGGCUCCCGACCAGCACUGGGGAAGCUGGGUUUCUUUCCACUUUGGUUCGAGGUUGGUGGCCACUGUCCCCCUUUGGGUCUGUGACUGGUGAGCGCUGCGGGUACAGGAUUUUGGUCUGGCUCUUCCCACGGAUUUCGUUGGCCCUUUCCUGUCCCUCCUGCCACUCCUGGGCCUCAAGGCCUUGGGCAGUGAUUCUCCUUCCUGAGGGGGCGCUCCCCUCAUUCUCCACAGACCCAUCUCCUCUCCGGGAGGCCAAGCAAGCAGGGUGGACAGAGGGACAGGGGGACAGGGGGCCAGGCGCAGGCGCCCCUGCAUGGUGGGGCCCGCGGCCCCGAGGAAGGGUCGAGUGUGUGUGUCCUCCCCUGGCGACUGUACGCCAGCGCCCUCCGUUUUCCUGAGUUCCUGCUGAGUAUACUACCUACGAGUCCAAUUAACAUGACUAUUAUGCUAGUUCUUCAAUACUAAAAAGUUUAAAAAUAUAACUACAGUAUAUAGACGCCGUUCCAACCACCAUAGACUAAAGAUAGGAGAGGAAAUCCAUGACGUAAGACCCGUUCCCACUCCAUGAGCACUUAGUUCACCUUCAGUCACCGAACAUGUAGAGGAAUUUGUAUCCUGGAGAGAAAGAAAGGCUGAGGGGGGUCUUCAUCACAGAGGGGGCGCCAGCGAGGGCCUGCCCAGCCCCCGCGGCCUAGGCUCGCCUGUGCCCACCGCCUCCGCUGCCUGUCCUUCCGAAAGCGAGUGUAGACACCUUCGAGGGCAGAGACCGGGAGAUUUCAGAUGUUACAGCAUAUUAUUUUUCUUUGUUUUACAGUAUUGAAUUUUGUGUUGAUUCAGCUAAAUUAUGAAAAUAAAGAAAAACUCCUUUGAUAAGCA